AUGGAAUUCAAAGCUUGCAAUAGUUUUGAAGAUGGGAAAGUAGGAGGGAAAGGAUGUCGAUAUGUUUGGUGCGGGGCGAAAGAUGGACAAUUGUUUGAAUAUGAUUGUUUCGAACGACGGAUGAUAGAUUCAAAAGCAUCUUUACACUCUGCAUCUAUUAUUGGAAUCUUUAGAUGUAAAUUUGGAGGGAUGUGUACGUUGGACGAAACCGCCAAAGUGCAAAUCUGGACGAAUCCGAUCAGUCCCAAGAUUGGAGUGAAAAUUUCAGGAACUGCAAGAGCUCAGAGGGUUGCAGAUAAGACUAAUUUUGCUGCAAUGUUAAGUCAUCAGCUAUGGACCUCCUCGGGACCUUCUGGAUCUAAAUCAGCUUCAACUUUGGCACAACGUAGUCCAAGCAUCAGAGUUUAUGAUCCUGAUCCUACUCAGGCUUGGACCGUUACGCCCAGACCAUUGAGUAUUCCUGAUAAUGGGUCGACCAUUGGGGCUGUGAGUGCUGGAGCAGUGAUACCUUCAACACCGUCAAUUGUUUAUCUUGGUCACGAAACUGGUCAUGUUUCGAUUUGGAACAACAAAGAGGAGAAGAAUGGAGGGGUUGGGUUUAAGAAACUGAUCAAGAUCUCGAAUUAUCAAAUCACUGCCCUUGAAGGUGUUACCAAAUAUCUUUGGGCAGGCUUUAGGACGGGUAAUGUGUAUGUCUAUGAUACCUGUGAGCAGCAACAAGAUGAUUCCGGUGGCGGUGGUGGCGGGUGGAAGGUAUUGAAAGUCUGGAAAGCUCAUAAAGAAUCUAUCACCAGAAUCGUGGUUGAUCCUAGUCUAUUGUGGGAUGAUGAAGCUAGUAAACUUCAUGUGGCUACAACUAGUACAGAUUGGAAAGUUAAAUUAUGGGACGGAACCAUGGGUGCAGAUUGGCUAGCGACUGAAAUGAGAAAACGAGAAUCAGAGUUUUGUGCUUAUCGACCGAUGAGAGUCUUGAUAUGCUCCUGGAAUAUCGACGCAUGUAAACCUAGCGAAUUGAACGGGACGAGUGAUAAUUUAAACUUUUUGGAUGAUGUUUUGAAAUCUAGUGAAGAAAGUCCAGAUGUGAUUGUCUUUGGGUUCCAAGAGAUGAUCGAUCUUGAUAACAAGAAACUUACAGCCAAAACCGUUCUGUUAGGUAGUCGAAAGAAAGGAGCUGAGAAACUUUCUGAUGCGGUUUCUCAAUCUUACAGACUUUGGCAUGAUCGACUGGUGGCGGCUGUUAGAUUGGCUAUGCCAGCUGAUGAGCCAUAUGUGGUGGCUCAUACGCAAAACUUGGUCGGGUUAUUCACUUGCGUAUUUGUCAAAGUCUCUGAGCGGGCAAAAAUGAGGGACAUAGCCAUUACAACGGUGAAGACGGGAAUGAAAGGUCGGUAUGGUAAUAAGGGUGCGAUCAUAGCGAGAUUUGUGGUAGAUGAUUCUUCGAUUUGUUUUAUUAAUUGUCAUCUAGCAGCAGGACAGAAAAACCUUCGACAAAGACAUGAAGAUUUGAUUGACAUUUUAGAAGAAAAAUCAGGAUUUCCAGAUCCACCGGAAUCGACUUCAGGUAGUGGAGGAGCGAUAGGAAAUGCAUAUGUAGGGGGAGGAAAUGGAAGUGCGAUUGCAGAUCAUGAGAUAUGUUUUUUAUAUGGAGAUUUAAAUUAUAGGAUCGAUAGAGGUAGAGAAGAAGUGAUUAGAGCGAUUGCAUCAGGAGAAUAUUUGAAAUUAUUGGAAGAUGAUCAGUUAAGGAAAGAGAAACGGUUUAAUGCUGGAUUUAGGUUGAAAAGUUUUAGAGAAGCUCCUAUUACUUUUCAUCCUACUUAUAAAUAUGAUCCUGGAACUCAUAUGUAUGAUUCAUCGGAGAAAAAUCGAGUACCAGCAUGGUGUGAUCGAAUAUUAUAUAGAACUCCCAAUACAAAUCAAGAAGUUCUUAAUCAAUCAGAAGAAAUCAAAUUUAAACCAUUGGUGACCAGUUUGAAUUAUAAAAGAUAUGAAGUGAAUAUCUCAGAUCAUCGACCAAUCAGUGGUAGUUUUUUAGUUUCAGUCAAAUCGAUUGUUCCAGGACUUAGAAGAGGGAUUUGGCAAGAAGUUUUAGGUAGAUGGAAAGCUUAUGAAGUAGAUGUUAAAGAAGUGGCUAGAGGUUAUUAUUCUGGUUUAUAA